AUGAGAAUUGCUACAUACAAUAUUAGAAAUACUCAGGAUUAAUAUCUUAAGAGAAGAGAGAAACUACAGAGUAUCAUCUAAGGAUUGAAUGCUGAUGUGAUUUCUCUUCAGGAAGUGGCCCUUCCAGAGCUGGAUUACUUGGCAGGAGAUUACUAGAAAUUCUUUGCCCCAAUUCAAUUAUAAUUUCCCUUACAUCCAGACCCAGAGUUUAGAAUAGAUGGAAAUGCUAUUUUAGUUAGGAAAGGCAUCGAAGUUAAAUUACAUGAAUUUGUUCAUAUCAGUGUGUUUAGAAACAUAUAACACAUUGUAAUCGGAGAUGUGCAUAUUUACAACACUCAUUUACAUCAUGUCAUUGGAGAUGAUCAAGUUCGAAGUCAUUAAAUAGAUAACAUCCUCACCUAUCUAUUGGGAUAAAUGAAUGAAAGGAUUUUUCUAAUGGGAGAUUUCAACUUGACCCCUGAAUCUUAAGAAUACAAAAAAAUGACUCAAUAUUUUAAAUCUUCUUACACAUUGGCUAAUCAAAAAGAACCUGAAAUAACAUUUCCAACAGGUUUGACAGGACCAUUUAUGGACACUGAUCCAGCUGGAACCUUUGAUUAUAUAUGGAUAAGGGGUAAUAAUAUAGAAGUCAAGGAAUGCACUCUAUUUGGAUCAGAUAAAAUUUAAGAAGGAGUAUAUCCAAGUGACCAUCUAGGAAUUCUAGGAGUAUAUAAUAUAUGA